GGGGGUAAUUUGAUGCGGGAAAGAAUUGGGCUGGGAAAGGGUUCACCUCCACCCAAAUGACAGCUUGCUCAGCAUUCUUCAUAGAGCAGUGAGCAUCCAGCCUGCUCCGCAACCCACAGCUCAAAGGUCUGUGCAGAGUGGACGGGAGGUGACAGGAGAUCGGCGAGGGACAGCGGCAGAACACUAAGGGUGCACCACAAAAUGUCUUCCCUUUCACCGCUGAAGGAAAUCUUCCGCAGGGCCGAUGCAGUUUGUUUUGAUGUGGACAGUACAGUUAUAAAAGAAGAGGGCAUAGAUGAACUGGCUAAGUUCUGCGGUGUGGGAGAUGCUGUGGCAGAAAUGACCCGCAAAGCAAUGGGAGGAUCAUUGACCUUCAAGGCUGCUCUUACUGAGAGACUUGCAUUAAUUCACCCAUCGAGGGAACAAGUACAAGCCCUGAUAACGGAGCACCCUCCAAGGCUCACCGAGGGGAUAAAAGAUCUGGUUCACAGGCUGCACCAACGGAACGUGCAGGUUUUCCUCAUAUCUGGAGGAUUUCGGAGCAUUGUGGAACAUGUAGCCACAGAGUUGGACAUACCGCUCACUAAUGUAUAUGCUAAUAGGCUUAAGUUUUAUUUCAAUGGGGAAUAUGCUGGAUUUGAUGAGGCUCAGCUAACGGUGGAGUCUGGUGGUAAAGGAAAAGUGAUCGGCUUAUUAAGGGAGAAGUAUGGCUUUCAGAAUGUAGUAAUGAUUGGAGAUGGAGCCACUGAUCUGGAGGCCUGUCCCCCGGCUGAUGGGUUCAUUGGAUUUGGAGGAAAUGUCAUCAGACAGCAAGUAAAGGAAAAAGCCAAGUGGUACAUUACAGACUUCGAGGAACUCCUCAGAGAGCUGGAAAGUGACAGCAUCAAAAAUAACCACAAUGAAAUCAUUUACUAACACUACGCUCCCAUGUUAUACUUACUAGAAAUGAAACCUCAUUGUGAAAGUUUAGUAGAUAUCCCAUUUUACUGAAAUGUACCUGUGCUGUACAUUUCAAUAGAAAUAGUGAUUAUUUAACUUUUAGACUUUUUAUAAAUUGCUAGUCUCUGGCAUAAACACUAACCAGUAUCUUUUUCAAGAUUCUUUUUUAGCUCUGUCUUGUUCAUUUGACAGUGGUGCAGAAUGAAAGUAUAUGUAGCAAAUUUGGUUUGUCUUGAAUGGAUCCAGGUGGGAAUGAUAAUUAUUAUUAUUUACAGAAAUGGUGAAAUGUAAAUUUGUUGAAAGGCUACUCUGGCCCUAGAUAUCGUAUCCCCUAUCCUUUGGAUAGGGGAUACGAUAUCUAGGGCCAGAGUACCCUUUUAAAGAGGCCAACAAAUUUCUAUUUCACCAUUUCUGUAAAUAAUAAUAAUAAGAUGUCUUAUCAUGGGGGCUCACCGCUGGGAUAGGGGUCCUGCCUUUGGAUAGGGGAUAAGAGUACCCCUUUAAGGAAUGAUUGUUGCUGAUGAUCUUUGUGGAAUAUAUUUAAAAAAAAUCCCAAUAGCUCACAGCAUAUUGCAGAAAGUGGUCUCUAAAUGGUUGCGGAGAACAAACACCAUUUGUAUGAACCUGAGAAGGGAAAUCCAUAUGGAUUAUAACAGUAUCGGUUAGUCCUUCUAGUUUCUAAAUGUGACCUAAAUACAGAUGCCCAGAAUUUUCCAACUGGGGGUAUGUGCAAACGAGUGUGAUAUGGAUGUGUAUUUGUGUCCAUAUUACUGAUGCAAGUACCAGCCCAACCAUGGGUCUAAUGACCUGAACUGAUAGCAUCAAAAAUUACCAUAAUGCUUUUACUUCAGAUGUCUCGCUAUGGUUAGACCGGUACUUGUGCCCGUAUUAGUCUUGUGAAAACAGCUGUAAUCUAUGUUUCCAUGUUGGGAAAAAUAUUCCAUUAGUCAGAAAACUAAAAACCUUCUUUACAGGGAACCUGUCACAUUGUGAUUGCAGUCCAAUCUGCAGCCAUCAUGUAAAAGAGCACGAGGAGCUAAGCAGAUUGAUAUAUACAUAUGUGGGAAAGGAUUUAGGAUAACUUGUCAUCUCUGCUCAUUCUGAGCUAAGUAUUCAUGUGGGUGGUCCUUCUCAGUGAUUAACAGCUAUCUGUGUGUGUGUAUAUAUAUAUAUAUAUAUAUAUAUAUAUAUAUAUAUAUAUAUAUAUAUAUGGGCAUGUGAAGGGAGUUGUGAAUCAGUGGGAAGAACCACCCACUUGAAUACUUAACCCAGAAAGACCGAAUUAGUCAAGUGGACAGUUCUACUAAGUGAUCAACUUCUACACAGACAGCUGUCAGUCAUAGGGUUGGACCGCUCACAUGACUACUUAGCCUAGAAUGAGCAGAGAUUUACAAGUGUAAAUCACAAAUUAUCUCCAAACUCGCUGAAUUUGUAGAAACAGUAACAUUAUGACUGUAUAUUGGAUUGCAUAGUUGUACAAUGUACAACAUGAUUUGUCAGCCAUCAAUCUAAAAUGAGAGUCAGUAUUAGGCUAAGUUUCGACAUGGUUUUUUGGUGGCCCAAUAAGA